AUGGUCCAGAUCAAGGCGCACGAGCUCCGCACCAAGAGCAAGACUGAGCUGCUCCGUCAACUUGACGACUACCAGCAGGAGCUGGCCCAGCUCCGCGUGGCCAAGGUCAUUGGCGGCGCUGCCUCCAAGCUGAGCAAGAUCCGUGUGGUGCGCAAGUCGAUUGCUCGCGUGCUGACGGUGUACAACCAGAACCAGAAGGCCAAGCUCCGUGCCGCUCUGGGCAGCAAGAAGCACGUGCCCCUGGACCUGCGCCGCAAGCAGACGCGCGCUAUCCGCCGUCAGCUGUCCAAGCACGAGAAGUCGCUCAAGACCCUUAAGCAGCAGAAGAAGGAGUCGUACUACCCCAAGCGCCGCUACGCUCUUAAGGCGUAA